UUAGGCAAGUUGUCAUGUGAUGAAAAUAUGUCAACAUCACCGUGCACUGUAGUGUAUUAUGAAACCAGCAAAUUACUACUGAAACGUCGUUUUUAUUCAUGUAUAAACAUGAGCAACUUGUAGUACUGCUCUCUCGAAGUCAAAUUUUAUGUUAGCUAUCCAUUUUUUGGCUGUCACUGCACAGGAUGGCUUCACCUCAGAGUGGCCAGUCCUCCCUUGUACACAGCUUGGCCACGCUCCUCCGAAAUGAUGGCGACUUGGUGCUGGACGGCAGCAGCACUCUGACCUUGCCGGCGGCCAGCUUGCAGCAGCUCAUCAGGCUGUUUGAACAGUACUUGUUGUCCAGGAGCCAGCAGCAUGGGUUCCUUGCGCUGCCCUCCCACCCUGCUGACACUGCUUCCCUGCUACAGCUGCAGUUCCUGUUUGACGUCCUGCAGAAAACCAUCUCCCUUAAACUCAUCAACCCAUCAGGGGUGAGACUUCAGUCCGUAGUGAAAAUCUUCCCAUUCAAGUCUUUGAAGUGCUUGGAGCUGAAGAGAAUCCCUCCACACUGUCUCGAGGGACUUAGAGGAAUUUACUCCCAGUUAGAGGUCUUUACAUGUUCAAAGGGCCUCAGCUCCCUGGAGGAGCUGCUUUCCCUGUGUGGAGGUGACCUGAGCUCUGCACUGCCUUGGCUGGAACUGCACACGCUCAACUUUAGCUACAACUCCAUUGUUUGCCUUGACCAGUCACUAAGUUUACUGAACGUCCUGAAGUUCUUAGAUUUAAGCCAUAACAAGAUUCAGGAGUGUGCUGAAUUUCUAAAGCCCUUGAGUGAACUGGAACACUUAAACCUGGGCUACAACUGCCUGCAGAGGGCGCCAACGCUGGGCAUGAGUGCCAGGGCCAAACUCCUCACACUUAUCCUCAGGAACAAUGAACUGGAGGCUAUUAACGGUGUGGAGCACUUGUCUUCACUCCAGGAAUUAGACCUUGCCUACAACCUCCUGUUGGAGCACUCCCAGCUGGCUCCUCUCUCCCUGCUGCACUGCCUCAACACACUUAACCUGGAGGGCAACCCGCUGUACUUCCAGAAGACCCACCGCACCUGCACCGUCCGACAUCUCUCCCCAAAGGCUGCGAACCUUAGACUCAAACUUGAUGGUACCCCGCUGUCCUCAUCUGAGUUAUCAGUUCUUCCAAAACCAGGCAGGCUGAUCGUCCAGGUACAGACUGCACCUCCAGUUGCCAUGCCACCAGAACGGAGUAACCAAGAUGUGUCUAGUGGUGCUGGGGAGCUUAGUGACAGCCAGUCAGUUGGAGAAGUGGCAGUCUCACACAUUCGGAAGAAGAAAUCCAGGAGUAAGGUGAAAGUGCGGAGGGCCAGUAUAUCCGAGCCCAGCGAUACAGACUACGAGCCCAGACUGCUUUCCUCCUCACAGAGCAUCGUCCUCCCCCACCAGCAGGAGAUUGAGCGCAUGUCCAGCUUCAGAGACCAGCUGGGCGAGGAUUGGCUGAGAUACCAACAUCAUCUAGAUGAUUCCUCCUCUACCAUCACCGCCGCUGUCAACACCAACCCGCCGCCUCCUCGCUCCCAACCCCUCCCCCUCCCCAACGGCCUUAACGCCACCGCAUGUCCAUCCACUAGCCCUGGGCGGCAGGCGGCUCCAUCGUCCCUGGACGUCCCAGAGGUCCUCCCCGCAUCGUUGAUCUCGUCCGAGCCAGGAUUAGAGACAUCCAUGGAUGCAGACCUGGAAAUGGAGUCUACCCUACGGUGGCCCGGUCAGAGCUCACGGUCCACCUUGGAGGACAGCGCGGUGGACGGCGUGGUGGCGAGUCGAGGAGUGGCGAGCUUACCAGGAGCGAGUCCCGAGUCCCGGGGUUCGGCUAGAGGGGAGAGCGGAGACACCAAGGAGGAAGAAGAAGAGGAGGAGGAGGAUCUGGGAGUGGACUUGUGUCACCCCCUACUUGUGGGUGUCUUAUCUGACAAAGAGGAAGAAGAUGGCGAAGGCCAGGGGGAGAGGAGGAUGAGGAGAAGGAGGAGAAGGGAAGAGGUGUUCCUGCGCAUCAAACAGGGCCUGGCGCUGGAGGUGGACAUGCAGAGCGGGCGGGAGAGAUGCCGCCUGGAGCUACGCAGCCUGGUUGGGGUGGAGACCACAGAGGCUGCCUGGACCCGAGGGGAGACAGAAGAGAUGCUUCCGGCUGUGGAGCUUCAGUUCGAAUACAUCAGCUGGGAGAAGAGGAGGAGACGCUACGUCAUGCUUGAUGAUGAGCCGCAGCAGGCAUUGCAGGCUCUGACUGACGUGCUGACAAGUGUGGCGGAGGAAAACCAGCAACGUGACUCUGUGCUCCGGCCCAGCUGUGUUCGCCUGCAGUGCCUUCGCUGCAGGUCAGAGUUCACGCUGAAGGGAGAAGGGAGGGAGGAGGAGGAGGCCAGGGGGAGAGCGAGGAGGAGAGGGGCUGCCAUGCUACCAGAGGGUGCGGAAGAACAGGAUCAGGAGGCGUUUGCGGAGUUUGAUGAUGACAGCAAAGGAAACAGUAACAUUUGUCCAGAAUGUGGUAGCGAUCAUGUGGUCCAGCUGGCUGGCCAAUCAACUCCCUACAGCAGUACGCCCAUCAAGCGCUCACCAAGGCCGGAGAGUGGGGACGAUCAUCUCGAUAUAAACCAGAGUGCAAAUAAGGAUGAUUACACAGAUGGCAGUGUUAGCAGUAGUCCUGUCCUCGGAGCUGCCACCACUACAGAAGACACCGCCUUCGUCACUGCCCAGGGAAGCUCCUUCUUCAUCGGGGAUGGUCAGGGUGAUACGUCCAGUCUCUCCUACAAAUCAGAGUGCCAAAGUAAAGAGGAUCUGGCUGGGAGCUACCAUUACAUUGCUACCGGUGCCACACCACCUGAAGUCAAAGCCCAACCUGCAGGAAGAUCCGCCCACAAUGAUGAGUUGGACCUACUGUCUGAGGACUACGAGGCGGUGGACCAUCGGUUGCAGCUUUUCCUGGAUGUGGACGUCUUCGAGGAGGAGGAAGAGCUUCACUCUUUCCUCAAAAUGUCAGCUGUCAAAUUUGGGGAGCCAGGGCAAGUUCCCUCUCUGUUGGUGGUGUCAAACCAGCGGAUCUAUUUCUUGGAAAUGACAUCAGAAACCCACAGAGGCCAGCUCUCUGAUUGGCUGCAGAAGAGGGACAGCCACCCAAUCGUGGAGCUCAGCUACCUGGAGGUGGGACUGGGCUCUCAGAGCAUCCACAUGGAGUUUGGAGACGGGGAAAUGGCCUACACCCUCCUCGUGAGGGACAGUUUACGCUGCAAGCGCUUCUUUGGCCUUUUGACAGGAAUUGUGCGUGAGAUGGCGCACAAAUCCGAGAGCAAGCUGCAGUCCAUCUCUACCACAAGACUCAACCCUCUGCACCAUCUCUGGCCUCUAGUGUGUGAAGACAUCCAGGCAGAUGUGGAGGAUGGCCAGCUGCAGUUUUUCUACAUUCUGGCUUUUGUUCGGCAAGAGGAUAUUUGGACACCGCUGACAGUCCUGGCUACCCGGGAAACCCUGUACCUGCUCAAAGAGGAUCACCAGUGGAGGAAAAGCUCAAACAGCCCGACAGUGACUGAAAACAAAGAGCCGAGCAGCGGGAGCGUUACCAUUUUGGAAACGCUGCCAAUGAGCUGCGUGAGCUCGGUCCACCUGUGGCCUUCAGACCAGUGCAGGAUGGAUAUUAAGCUUUACGACGAGACGGUGAAACAGGAGAAGACGUGGUGUGUGCGCUCCGAGAGUACUGAGCUCCUCCAGGGUCUGCUGGCCUGGGUCAGAGCACAGUGGGAGGCCAUGUUCGGAGUAAAACUGCACACAAGCCUGCAAGACAAAGCAACAUAAUAGGGGGAGGAGAAAAAGAAGAAGAAAAAAACUAGUUACAGUCUGUGUGUUUUGUGAGCAUGAAUUGUUGGUACUGGGAAAUGUUUAGUGAGCGUGAGCGAGUUUGUCUUUAUUUUCUCUCUGCACAGUCUGCACUCAGUCUGGUCCCAUUACGCUCGUAGCUUUCAUCGUCUUUUUAAAACUUGGAAAUGAUUGCACUCAUUCAUGUGGUACACAAGCCUGUAAAAGCACUGGUUGCAUAAUUCUUUAUUCUCCAGAUACCAUCCAUCAUGUCUACAGCUGAAAUGGAGGGUUCCUUGUUUCUUUCACAGCAGCCAUGCUUUCCUGUUGAAAUGCACCUUAUUGCAUUCCGUAGCGUUCUGCGAUCAAGAUGACACAAAAAUGUGGGUUUUGGGAACUAAGAGGGCAUUAGGUUGGGGUUGUUAGCUAAGCCUUAAAAUAUGUCCACCCCCCCCUUAUUAAGCUGGACAGAGUCAUUCCUGGCUGUCUUAGGGUGCAGUGUUUUGUGACAUCACAUGCUCAACAUAAGGCUGGAGGUGCUUCUGAAAGGCCAAGGCUCAAUACCGUGUCAUGGAGGGUCACCUCACACCCCCAAUUAGGGUCUUAUGAUGUUGCUCUGCACUUAUGUGAGCAGAAAAAGGAUACCAGAAGCGCAACGGUGCAGGAAGUCUGUGGCCGUUGCAAAGAUGAAAAGUAGCAUUUAAUUAUCAACUAAACCCUUCUGUUUAUUUAGUUCAUGUAUCGGUUUAAAAAUGUAAUACAGAAACCUCUGCAGCCGUAUGCAUAACUGUAUGUAUCGAUGCGAAUCUGUACAGCAGCAUCAUGCACAGACGCGGUAAAGAUCAAAAUCGACUCCGCAACGUUCAUUUAGAUUAACCAGUAUUACUUUAUUUAUUUAUUUGUUAGCAUUCUUUUUCAUUAUGGGUCGAUGCAAAAAGUCUUUUAUUUUUAUAUAAAUAUGAAGAACAACAUCUCCUGUAUCGUGUCUAAUUGAAUAUGAAAGUGAAUGUGUUCGUCUGUGUGGUUUCUUUUUCAGAAAAACUGAAAAUAUCUGCACAUUUAUGUUUACAGAGUGACAGAAACUUCCCUUUUGAACUUUACUGACUCAACCAGAGAAAGUAAAAAUGUGUCUCAAAAAAAAAAAGGUUGUGCAUUGCUGUAGUUUGCUUGUUGACAAAAACAUAUGUAAAUUUCAAAAGGUUUCAUAUCAA